AUGGUCCAGUCACGACCGGGCACCUCACCUGGAUUCGCCGGGCAGCCAUCUCCAGGCGAAUCGCACACCCUCGAACUGCCAGAUGGCCGCAUCGCGCACACCCUCACGGCCUGCACGAGGUGUAGACAGCGGAAAUCCAAAUGCGACCCGGGGAUCCCUCGGUGUGCGCCCUGCGUGCGAAGCGAUGCCAAGUGCGUAUACUAUGACUCCACUCGAGACACCACCAUCCCGCGGACCUAUAUUGUGUCCCUCCGAGAGAAGGCGCGGAAAUUAGAGAAGGAACUCGCAGCGGCGGAGAAACAGAUUCAGCAUUCUGCCGAUGCCGAACUGAUGGUCCGGGGCGCAGGUCGCAUCCGAUUCCAAGAGAAUGACGAGCCGCGAUAUCUUGGGCCCUCCAGCGGGAUUGCCAUCACCCGUUUGGUCAUGGAAAUGGCCAAACAGAACACUGAUUCCAAGAGUAUCAAAGAUGUUGUGCCCGACUUCACGGCCCAAGAGAUCAAGGCGGCCUUUGCGCAGGAAGAUUCGAAACCGACCUCGAAGGUAUACCCUAUGAUCAGCUCGAUCCCUCAGCCCAAUCUGCCUCCGCAGAAUUUGACAUGCAAGUUGAUCGAUUUGUUCAUCGCGAAAGCACAAGCCUUGCUCCCAACUCUACACGAGCCCACCUUUCGGCAAGAUGUGGAAGAUGUCUUCAACGGAUCCAAGGAUCCCUGCCAGAAUUUUCAACUGCGGAUGGUCAUUGCCAUCAGUAUGCAAAAGCUUAGCCCACAAUAUGCCGGCUUAGCUGACAGCUACUAUCUGGCUGCCUUGCCUUUCUUGGAGCCGACUUUGAAACUAAUGGAUCUGAAGGCCUUACAGUGCCUUGUGCUGAUUGCACAGUAUUCCAUACUGACACCCACCCGGACAGCAUCGUAUUGGGUCACAGGAACGGCCGUGAAACUGUGCCAGGAAUUGGGCUUUACCGAAGAGGCUACCAUCACCAAGUCUCGAAGUGGGGAACCUUUAAAUCCCCUGGAGAUCGACAUGCGCCGAAGGCUAUUUUGGGUCGUGUCGUCAAUGGAAUUGGGGCUCGCCCACAGCCUUGGUCGCCCAAACAGCAACAGCGUCAGCCACGAUCAUAUUGACGUGAAAUUCUUCGAGUUGGUGGAUGACCGCCAUAUCACAGCCGAGGGAAUUGUCCCAGGAGCCAAGCCGGUCGUGCCCAAGUGUAUCGCAGUCCACUUUUUCAAGAUGCGACUGCUGCAGAUGGAAGCUCGGCGGACGCUUUACCUCAACAAGCGCGACACCCCGGCCGAUGACCAAGAUCCGUGGUUCGCCCAAAUGUUGGCUAAAAUCGACCACUGGGUGGCGUCAUGCCCCAAACAUGAUGAUGGCAGCGGACUGAACGCGCAAUGGUUCCAAGGCCGGAGAAACACAAUUGUGAUUCUCAUGUAUCGGCCAUCCCCCCAAGUACCUGAACCAUCCGUCAACGCUGCAAAAAUAUGUUAUGAUGCGGCCGUCUUCAAUGUUGCCAUGCACCGGGAACAGAUGGUCAGCAGCUCUGUUGACAUGACAUGGAUCUUCACCCAAUCCCUUUUCAUGGCUUUGAAUACUAUCCUGUGGACUCUUUCAUAUCCUGAAAUCCGAAAGGAGCACUCAAUGGAAGAAGUCCAAGGUCAUCUGGAUACCGCGCUUGAAGUGAUUGUCUUUGCGGCCGAGAGGUGGCCAGGCGUCGAGUCGGCCUUGCUUCUCUACAAACGUCUUAUCAUCGCUUGUCUCAAAGCCUAUAACACCCAAGAGUCGUUUGUUGUGCACUCGCCUUCCAACCAUCCGACCCCGACCUCAUCACUGGGCCUCACGACCCCGCCACCAAUGUCAAGCCCUUCAAGUUCUACGACUGCCUCCUAUUAUUCACAACCCAACCGGGCCAACCCGUCAACUGGUGAUAAUUCCUCUACCGGUGUCUUUUCAAGGGGACCCUCCGCGGAUCCGGCCCCCUUUACUCACGAGACCACGCCUCCAAUCAUGGCUCAUGAUCAUUUCAAAUCUGCGCAAGUUUCGCCAAUAGCUCCUCAGUUCGGAAUGCAAGCCUCGUCUACAGCUCCAGGUGUCGCAACUCAGUAUCCACUCCAGACAUACAGUGCGCCGGCCGCCGUGUAUCCGGAAGCCUCCGUUGAUCUCAACACCCCUUAUAACACGAUGCCUUCGAUUGUCCCGGGUCUUCAAGGCUGGGAUCCCCAUUUCUCACUUGCCUCGACCACCGCGAGCCAUCUGGCGUACGUUGACGCCACCUGUGAUCCCAUGAAUUGGACGGCCUCUAUCGGCGAUCAGUACUCUCAAUAUUUCAAUGAGCCAUUCCCCGUGCCUCCUUGGCGGGAGCGCACGCUCAGCCAACAGGAACAGUUCGAACUCAUGGCGUCGCUCGAGCAGAAUAUUCCCGAUGUAUCUGCUCAGUUGGUGAACGAGUCCAAUGCAUUUUAUCAAUCAUGA